GCUUACGCUGUCCCUUAUAUAAACACAUCAUCAGACUCCAAAUUUUUUCAUCACCAAUCUUCUCCACACUUCAAUAACAAACAACAACAAAAGAAACACAAUGCAGAUUCACAAACUCUGUUUUCUUGCUCUGUUCUUAGCUAACGCAGUUUUUGCCGUCAAAUUUAACUUCAAUUCUUUCGAUGGCAACAACUUGUUAUUCCUAGGAGACGCUGAGCUUGGUCCUUCCUCUGAUGGCGUUGAGCGAUCCGGAGCUUUAUCCAUGACCCGAGACGGAACCCCAUUCUCUCACGGUCAAGGUCUUUACAUCAAUCCAAUCCAAUUCAAAUCUUCAAACACUUCUACUCCUUUUUCAUUUAAAACUUCCUUCACUUUCUCCAUCACUCCUCGCACCAAACCUAAUUCUGGUCAAGGCCUUGCCUUCAUCAUUGUCCCAGCCGCUGAUAACUCCGGCGCUUCGGGCGGCGGAUAUCUCGGAAUCCUCAACAAAACCAACGAUGGAAAGCCAGAAAACAACCUCAUAUUUAUCGAACUGGACACUUUUCAAAACAAAGAGUCUAAUGACAUUAGUGGUAACCAUGUCGGAAUCAACAUCAACUCGAUGACUUCUCUUGUCGCUGAGAAAGCUGGUUAUUGGGUUCAGACAUUAGUCGGGAAAAGGAAAGUUUGGUCGUUUAAAGAUGUGAAUCUUAGCAGUGGAGAGAGGUUCAAGGUUUGGAUCGAGUUCAGAAGCAAAGACUCUAGGAAUACCAUAACGAUCGCGCCUGAAAACGUUAAGAAACCGAAGAGGCCUUUGAUCCAAGGUUCGAGAGUACUCGAUGAUGUUCUUCUUCAAAACAUGUACGCUGGUUUUGCUGGUUCCAUGGGACGUGCCGGUGAGCGUCACGACAUUUGGAGCUGGUCGUUCGAAAACUAACGAAACCGGUUUGGUUCGGUUUUGGCUAGGUAUCGUUUGCUUUGUUUUUGUAAUUUUGUACUACUAGAGUGAAUAAUUAACGUUUUAAAUAAAAUAAGCUAAACAUGUGUGGCUUACUCUGCAUUGCAUUUUCAUAUUUGUGUAUUCAGUCUGAAUAAUUCAGAGAUUUUUCAAUAAAAUAAACUUUCUUUCCAAA